AUGAGCAAUCACUAUCCUUCGCGGCGUCGGGCCCAGCCUCGAUCUGACGACGACUUCCUCACCUACGAGUCCAAUCAACCAUACCAACACAUAGAAACUCAAAAUGCGUACGACCCGUACGAUCCUUAUCAACAAUACGCCCCUCGCAACUCCUUCCCUGCGGAGCCCCAGUCGCCGCCCCGCCGCCACAAAUCCGAGAGACGUCGUGGCGCGCCAAGUCCCUACUAUCACUCCGACGAACCGGAUGAGCCAUCCCGCCGUCACAGCCAGCGCCAUUCCCGCCAAGACGAAGACCGUCGAGGGCGGAGUGCCGGCCCUGAUCGUCGGGGACGCGGCCCUAGUCCGCUACCAGACCCCGACCCACCCCGUCGAUAUCCCCGCUCAUCCCGUCGAGAGCGAGAUGUCCGCCCCGAGCGAGACCUUCGCCCUGAGCGAGAUCUCCGUCACGAGCGGGAUCCCCGCCCCGAAAGGAAUAUUCGCCCUGACAGAGAACCCCGCUUCAUAGACCCCUACGACGAUCCGGGCUUCUAUUCUCGGGACCCACCACCCCGGCAAUACCCAUCAGAUCCCCGAGAGACAUCCUCUCGAAACCGGCCCCGACCUUCGCGCACUUCAGCCCAGGCGUCGCCCCCCGAACCCCGAGCCCGAGGCCGCAGUUCGCGCCUCCCUGAAAACGAUGAUGGUGAAUUCAACACCACACGCCGCCGGCGACCUCGCUCCCAGACCAGGGGGAAUCACGAUCGGGCCCCGUCCGGACCGUCCCCGACGAGGGGCCGUCCGCCUCCCACCCAGCGAGGCCGGAAUGCUCCAGCUCGGCGCAGCUCCAUGCCAGCCUCAACCAAAGCGCGCUCUCAGUGGUGGCAGAACCCACUGCUUCAAGCAGGUGCCCGCACCGCCUUAACUGCUGGUGCCCAGGCCGCCAUGAAGUCCCGCAACGAUCAGGGCGCUUGGAUGGGGGCCAAAGGCGCCAAGGUCGCAACUGCUGCUCUGGGAGCUGCUCUAGUAGACGGCUUCAUUGGCCAGAAGCAUCCCAACAGUGCAAGGCAGAGCAUCGCCAAGGAGGGCCUGGACUUUGCCACGGGGAAAGUGGGGUCCAUCCUUCAACAAAUCUGCAGGAUAAAUUAA